AACAUCAUAGUCCCGAAGUCUUUUAAGUUUUCUGUACUUUCUUUUCUCAACACAUUAGUACUUUGGUUUCCCCGACUCCUAUACUAAAUCUCAAAGUUAAAAGAAACUUCAGAUGGAGUUGUUUUAUCCCUGUUCACGCAUUGUUCCUAUACUGGCCAUGGUUGUGGUCUUGAUUAUUCCUGUUUAUGGCCAGAUUGGUACCCCAUGCAACACCUCAAUGAUUUCAAGCUUCACCCCUUGCCUGAGAUUUGUAACAAAUAGCACUGCGAAUGGUACCUCACCAAGUGCAAACUGCUGCAAUUCGCUCAAGUCCCUCACAAGUGGCGGCAAGGACUGUUUGUGCCUCAUUGUAACCGGAAAUGUUCCUUUCCCAGUACCUAUCAAUCGGUCCUUGGCCAUCUCUCUUCCUCGUGCUUGUAAUAUGCCUGGAGUUCCCCUCCAAUGCAAAGCCUCUGGCGCACCUAUUCCUGCUCCAGGUCCUGUCUCGCUUGAGCCAACACCUUCCCCUGGACUCUCUCCAACUCCUAGUCCAAAAGCUUCUUCAGUCCCGGAACCCACAACACCUGCUCAGGCACCACAAUCUGACACGACCCCAGUCUUAACUCCGCCAUCUCCAACGGUGGAUUCUGAAGCUCCGACUGCAACCACUGGAAGCCGCCCGGUUCUGACCCCAUCGGCUGCCAUGCCCUCUCACAGUCUCUCACCAUCCUUUAUGCUACUUGUGUUAGGAGUUAAUUCUGUUUUGAACUAUUAUUGGUAGCUUGCAGUAUGUUUGCGCUUUGACAUUGUUUGAUGAGUUUCUUUUAAUGCGAGGGUGUGCACUAUUAUUUGGGCUCGUUGGGAUUGAUAAUUGAGAGCAAUAUUGGGUGAUUGUUUAUUUAUGUGAGAAUGUAUUCUUUGUAAUACACAUGCAUGUGUUAGUGGAAAUAAAGUCCACCGACCAAGUUUAUAAGCUUCAGUUUAUUUUUAGUUCAAA